CAAUAAUAAGAAAAAAAAUCAUUAUUAGUUAAUGUUAUAGAGAAAACAUGUGAGCCUGUAUUUGCACAUCACAGUUGCAUUGCCUUUCAGAGCUGUUUCUUGAUCUUAUGGCUCACUUGUUUUCUAUUACUUCUUUUGCAUCCUUUGUUUAAAAAAAUUUUUUUUUUUGCAAUUUCUUAUCCAUCCUAUACAUUUUUUAGAAUAAGGCAAAAAGUCUUUAUUGCUGUUUUGAUAUUUAAAUGGUUAGGAUGUUCUGUUACAGAUUCUCAAUUGUAUAUAAUUCAUUGUUCUUGGACACUGUCAUCAUUUUCCCAUGAAAUGCAGAGUAGGAUCUUAAAUUGUUGGAACUUGCUGAAAAUCACAGGAGUAGCCAAUGCUAGUAGAAGCAGAUCUUUCAGUCCUUGCUUCCUGAACCUGAGUAGGUCAAAGAAAUCAUACCAUAUAAUGACUCUGUAGUUCAAACCAACAAACAGAACUUCACCUACACUGUAACCUCAGGUCAUCAUAUUCGUUUGUUUCUAUACACCUAGAGCUUUUGCUUUGCUUCCUGAAAUGAUAUAUUGGAAAGCAGUCUCUGACAUCUUCAUAGAAAAGAAACAAUGAACCAAGGGGGUUUUUAUGAACAUAGUCCUUCCUGUCUUUAUUUUGCUUAUGACAUUUUGCUUAUGGUUGUUAUCAAUACCAGUGUUUUCCACAGUGAUUAUUUCCUCAUUUAUUUGUUAUAGUUUAAGAAGAACAGCAUCAAGGGAUUCUUAACUUCAGAGAAUAUUGUAUAUGCAUUUUGAAAAAUAUAUUUUGGUGAUAGCCUAUGUUAUAUUACAUAUCUGGAGGGACAUUUUUUAAUCUACACUUAUCUUUUAUUUAUAAAAGGACUGGGGCUUUUUGCUAACUUUUUCUAUAGUAAGGGUACAUAGGCCUUAUCAGUGGUUUAUUUGACACCUCUCAGAUGACUUCUUUGGGAUCCUGACACUAAUUUCACCCAUGUUUAUGAUGUUUUAAAACUUACAUAAAAACAAAACUUUUUCAGAGAAUAUUUGGGAGUCAAAUGUUUUCAUCUGAAAAAUUAUCUUAAUUGAGAAUUUAGGUUUGAAAUACUUGUAUGGAUUAUUAACUGAAUAGCUGGAAUCUGUUAUAGAUUGUGUAACCUAUUUAUUUGAAAUAUAUCUGUAUUUAAGUUUGGCAAGAUAUCAGGACACGGAUACAAGUUAGGCAUAAUUGUUUACUUUCCUAAGUCAGUAACGCAAUUCUUGUUUUGCCAUAGAAAACAUUACACCUGAUAGCCUCUAUGAACUUACUUAACCUUCAGAAUAAUUAUAUUUUUUUCCAGGAUGCUGACCGGAUGAUUACGUGUAAGGAUGUUUAUCCAUAGUCCAAUGAUUUAAAACUUUUAGACAAACAGAGAGUAUGUAACAGUUUUUCCUAACUCUGCUCUUUUGAAUGAUUUGGUUAGUGAGAACUAACUCUCUGAAAUAUUUCAAGCAGAUUUUGGCCUAAAUCUUCCAGUCUUCAGCUUUAGGAAAUACAUACUUGGAUUUGUAAGAAUGGGAAGGUUAGCCAGGUAGUCUGCUUGCUCCUUUUAGCUGUAAGAGUCUUUGGCCUCAGUGGACUGAUGCUUAUUAAAUCCCUGAAUUUUGUAGAACGUGUUUCCAAAAGAAGAGAACCUUCAUGGUGAACAGUGAACCCUCAUAGUGAAUCAGCUGAUGUUUCAUUCUCUAAAGUUCCCUCUUGGAUUUUUAUGACUCGGUCUUGCAGGGAACCUCUGCUGAAGACGUGAAGCCUGUUGAGGGAAAUUAUCCAUGAAUGUACGUCACAAUGAUGAUGACCGACCAAAUCCCUCUGGAACUGCCGCCAUUGCUGAACGGAGAGGUGCCCAUGAUGCCUCACCUGGUGAAUGGAGACGCAGCUCAGCAGGUUAUUCUCGUUCAAGUUAAUCCAGGUGAGACUUUUACAAUAAGAGCAGAGGAUGGAACACUUCAGUGCAUUCAAGGACCUGCUGAAGUUCCCAUGAUGUCACCCAAUGGAUCCAUUCCUCCCAUCCAUGUGCCUCCAGGUUAUAUCUCACAGGUGAUUGAAGACAACACUGGUGUCCGCCGGGUGGUAGUCACACCCCAGUCUCCUGAGUGCUACCCCCCAAGCUACCCCUCAGCCAUGUCUCCAACCCAUCACUUACCCCACUACCUGACUCACCACCCGCAUUUUAUUAACUCACACACGGCUUACUACCCACCUGUUACUGGACCUGGAGAGAUGCCGCCUCAGUUUUUUCCUCAGCAUCAUCUUCCCCCUACAAUAUAUGGCGAGCAAGAAAUUAUACCACUCUAUGGAAUGUCAAGCUACAUUACCCGAGAAGAUCAGUACAGCAAACCUCCACACAAAAAACUGAAAGACCGCCAGAUUGACCGUCAGAAUCGCCUCAACAGCCCUCCUUCUUCUAUCUACAAAAGCAACUGCACAACCGUGUACAAUGGCUACGGGAAGGGCCACAGUGGGGCCGGCGGUGGUGGAGGUGGCAGUGGAGGUGGGCCAGGAGUUAAGAAAGCAGAGCGCCGAGCCAGGAGCAGUCCAAAGGCCAACGAUUCAGACCUGCAAGAGUAUGAGCUGGAAGUAAAGAGGGUGCAAGACAUUCUUUCAGGAAUAGAGAAGCCACAGGUUUCUAAUAUCCAGGCAAGAGCAGUUGUGUUGUCCUGGGCUCCCCCUGUUGGACUUUCCUGUGGACCCCAAAGUGGCCUUUCCUUCCCCUACAGUUAUGAAGUUGCCUUAUCAGACAAAGGGCGAGAUGGAAAAUACAAAAUAAUUUACAGUGGAGAAGAAUUAGAAUGUAACCUGAAAGAUCUUAGACCAGCAACUGAUUAUCAUGUGAGGGUGUAUGCCAUGUACAAUUCCGUAAAGGGAUCCUGCUCCGAGCCAGUUAGCUUCACCACCCACAGCUGUGCACCCGAGUGCCCCGUCCCUCCCAAGCUGGCGCAUAGGACCAAAAGCUCGCUGACCUUGCAAUGGAAGGCACCAAUUGACAAUGGUUCAAAAAUCACCAAUUACCUUUUAGAAUGGGAUGAGGGAAAAAGAAACAGUGGUUUCAGACAGUGCUUCUUCGGAAGCCAGAAGCACUACAAGUUGACGAAGCUUUGUCCGGCAAUGGGAUACACCUUCAGGCUGGCCGCUCGGAAUGACAUUGGCACCAGUGGGUACAGCCAGGAGGUGGUAUGGUACACACUAGGAAACAUUCCUCAGAUGCCCUCUGCACCAAGACUUGUUCGAGCUGGGGUCACAUGGAUCACACUGCAGUGGAAUAAAUCAGAAGGCUGUUCACCUGAGGAAGUGGUUACUUAUACUUUGGAAAUCCAGGAGGAUGAAAAUGAUAACCUUUUCCACCCAAAAUACACUGGAGAGGAUUUAACCUGUACUGUGAAAAAUCUCAAAAGAAGCACACAGUAUAAAUUCAGGCUGACCGCUUCUAACAUGGAAGGGAAAAGCUGUCCAAGUGAAGUUUUGGUUUGUACGACCAGUCCUGACAGGCCUGGACCUCCUACAAGACCCCUCAUUAAAGGACCAGUUACAUCUCAUGGUUUCAGUGUCAAAUGGGAUCCUCCAAAGGACAAUGGUGGUUCAGAAAUACUCAAGUAUUUGUUGGAGAUUACGGAUGGAAAUUCUGAAGCGAGUCAAUGGGAAGUGGCAUACAGUGGAUCGGCCACAGAAUAUACUUUUACCCACUUGAAACCAGGCACUUUGUACAAACUCCGAGCGUGCUGCAUCAGUACUGGUGGACACAGUCAGUGUUCUGAAAGUCUCCCUGUUCGCACACUAAGCAUUGCACCAGGUCAGUGUCGACCACCGAGGGUUUUGGGUAGACCAAAGCACAAAGAAGUCCACUUAGAGUGGGAUGUCCCUGCCUCUGAAAGUGGCUGUGAGGUCUCAGAGUACAGUGUAGAGAUGACGGAGCCUGAGGCUGUCGCUUCAGAGGUGUACCACGGACCAGACCUGGAGUGCACCGUUGGCAACCUACUUCCCGGAACUGUGUAUCGCUUCCGGGUGAGGGCUCUGAAUGAUGGAGGGUAUGGUCCUUAUUCUGAUGUCUCAGAAAUUACCACUGCUGCAGGGCCCCCUGGACAAUGCAGAGCCCCUUGUAUCUCUUUUACACCUGAUGGAUGUGUCCUAGUGAGUUGGGAGAGUCCUGAGAGCUCUGGUGCUGAUAUCUCAGAGUACAGAUUGGAAUGGGGAGAAGAUGAAGAAUCCUUAGAACUCAUUUACCAUGGGACAGAUGCUGGCUUCGAAAUUAGGGAUCUGUUGCCUGCUGCACAGUAUUGCUGUAGACUACAGGCCAUCAAUCAAGCUGGCGCAGGACCGUACAGUGAGCUUGUUCUUUGCCAGACACCAGCAUCUGCCCCUGACCCUGUCUCCACUCUCUGUGUCCAGGAAGAGGAGACCCUCAAUGCCUAUCCCGAUUCACCUUUUGUGUGCCUUGUACUGAACUGGGAAGAGCCGUGCAAUAAUGGAUCUGAAAUCCUUGCUUACAAUAUUGAUACUGGAGACACUAGCAUCACUGUGGGCAAUACCACCUCCCACAUUAUCAAAGAUCUCCUUCCAGAAACCACCUACCGGAUCAGAAUUCAGGCCAUAAAUGAAAUUGGAGCUGGACCAUUUAGUGAGUUCAUUAAAGCAAAAACUCGGCCAUUACCACCCUUGCCUCCUAGGCUCGAGUGUGCUGCAGCCGGGCCUCAGAGCCUGAAGCUGAAAUGGGGAGACAGCAACUCCAAAACGCAUGCUGCUGAUGACAUGGUGUACACACUGCAGCUGGAAGACAGAAACAAACGGUUUGUUUCAAUCUACAGAGGACCCAGUCACACCUACAAAGUUCAGAGACUGACGGAAUCCACAUGCUACUCCUUCAGAAUCCAGGCAGCCAGCGAGGCUGGGGAAGGUCCCUUCUCAGAAACCUACACUUUCAACACAACCAAGAGUGUCCCUCCCACCAUCAAAGCCCCUCGAGUAACACAGUUAGAAGGAAAUACAUGUGAAAUUUUAUGGGAGACGGUACCACCGAUGAAAGGCGACCCUGUCAAUUACAUUCUGCAGGUAUUGGUUGGAAGAGAAUCUGAGUACAAACAGGUGUACAAGGGAGAAGAAGCCACAUUCCAAAUCUCAGGCCUCCAGACCAACACAGACUACAGGUUCCGUGUGUGUGCGUGCCGGCGCUGUCUGGACACCUCUCAGGAGCUAUGCGGAGCUUUCAGCCCCUCGACAGCUUUUGUAUUACAACGAAGUGAGGUCAUGCUUUCUAGGGACAAUGGGAGCUUAGAUGAUCCCAAAAUGAAGAACAUGAUGCCUACUGAUGAACAGUUUGCAGCCCUCAUUGUGGUUGGCUUUGCAACUUUGUCCAUUUUAUUUGCCUUUAUAUUACAGUACUUCUUAAUGAAGUAAACAAACCCAACAAAACUAGAGGUAUGAAUUUAAUGCUACACAUUUUAAUACACACAUUUAUUCAGAUACUCCCCCUUUUUAAGCCCUUUUGUUCUUUGAUUUAUAUACUUCUCUUGUUUUACAGAUUUAGCUAGGAAAAAAAUAUCAGUGUUUUGGUGCACCUUUUUGAAAUGCAAAACUAGGAAGAGAUUAAACUGGAUUAAAAAAAAAAAAGGAAGAACAAGAAGAAAAGCAAACGAGAUACCAAAUGAUAGCUUUCUUACAUUUUCUUGAAAUUUUCCAGAUUUGCCUUUAUUCUAUUUUCACUGAUGUCUUUUGCAAACCUUUGAUUUUUUUUUUUCCAUGUUACAGUCUAGUAAUUUAUAUUCACCAAGUCACUUACUAUGUCUGAUCAUCUGUGUCUGUGAACGUGAAUCACAGUGUGUAGUGACAGGGCUAGGAUUUCAGUAUUGUCAGAGUAUUACCACACAACAACAGCCGCCACAGCAACAACAUGCAGAAGAUGGUUCACUCAGAUAAAGCUGCCGUAAACAAACCAUUUUGUCACUCAGUUAUUUAACUGUGUUUAGCUCAUCUGAAUCAAAAAAUGUGUACUUUAAUCUAAAAUGUUUUAAUAGCCUGUACUUCUUAUGAUUUUAACACUAUGAGCUACCUGUCUCUAAGAAAUCAAGUAACCAAAAUGCACCUAUAAAUUAUGGAGCAUUGUAGAUUUUUACCACGUGGAUUCAUAGCAGUAACUUUAAGAGGGCAUUGUGCAAUAGUUAGUUGUUUCCUUGUUCAGCUAUUUAAAAGCUGCUUUAACUUGUUUGUUUGUCUUUGUAUAUAACUACUUCUAAUCUAAUCACUAGAGUUAUUAUAUUCUGUUAUGAUUGACCAGAAUUAUAUGACAAGAACUGGUGACAGUUUAGUGCCUCUGCCCAUUGUCCAUGAUUUACACUAAUUGUGAGCAAUCUUCUUACACGUUAGCUCAUUGUUUUUGAAAGGUUGAUCUUUAAGCCGUUCUUUGAGGUAUCGAUGAAGUGAUUGAAUUUGAAUACCUUAAUUCAGUGCAUAUAAUACUAAUCUAACAGCAAAUGAAAACUGGUAAACCCAAAAGAGAGUCAUCUAAAUUUGCAGUUCCUUAUUUCUGUGGGGUUGACCUGGCCAUAUGUGGAGAGGAAAUGGUAUUUGGUGGUAAGCACAGGGUGUUUGGGGGUCAAGGAGCCUAGAUUCUCUCCCUGGAUCUGUCACUAACUUGCUGCGUGACCUGAACACGUCACUUUACCUCUCUGUGCCUCAGUUUUCCCAUGCAUUAAAAAUAAAAUAAAAUAAAAUGGGGAUUCUAUUGUUUGUAAGUGCUUUGAGAUCCUUGAUCAACAGGUGCUAUUGGAGUGCAAAGUGUUACUCUUGCAUGUUUAUUUUGAGUCAUGAGAUAAUCAAUUUUAACCCAAAGUCAUUGGAUUAUUUAUAUGAAGUCCAUAUGAAGUACCUCAGGGACAUUUAAGAGUUGGAGGUGCAAAUAUAUUCCAAAAGGGUGCAACAGACACAGUGUAUCCCCCUGCUUCUGUUUUUGUAUAUUUUUGCUACUUGGUUUUUCUUGAUCAUAGCUAUUUUGUGCCUAUGUUGUCUAAGAUUCAAUAUCCUGUUCUAGCUUAUAUUAUUCCCAUACCAAAGUCAUGGGGAAACCAACAUUAUUUUGUUUUUGGUUUAUUUAUACUAUAUUCUGCAUACAGUACUUUAAAUGCCAAUUACAGUGCAAUCUUUAUUUAUUGUAAAAUUUUUUAAAUGUACUUAUGUACUAAUUUUCCCUUGUAGCAUGUUAUUUUUUUUUUUUUGUGCUUUAUACUUUUGUAAUUUUAGGUCAGUCUUGUUAUUUGGCAAUAUCUGUAGUAUUAUCAAUCUUCUGACAUUUUCUUAUGUUUUCAGAGAUAAGAGCAUCUAGUGCAUUAAAUGCCAAAAAAGUAUCCAUUAUCAGUGAUUGAAACGUUUACAUGUACCCAAAAAAACAUAAUCAUCUCUUAAAAAAAACUGCUAAGAUCAAUGAAUUAUUCUGUGUGCCUAUAUUAAUGUAGUACCUACUAGAGAGUUCUGUAUUUUAUUAUUGACUACAAUAAUUAGUUUAAUUAGACUUGCAAAUGGGUGGCAUCAAGGUAAAUAUAUUUUUGCCAAAGUUCUGACCUUCCAAAACUCAUUCCUCUAUUUAAAUGUGUAUUAUGACCCUCUAUAGCAUUGCAUCUGCAUUUUUCUGAAACAGUUUCAUGCAAAUGUUUUAGGAAGAAAAGGCUUUUUUUUUUAGCAAUGAACAUUCAACCGAGUACAAGAACCCUGUUUGGGGGGGGCGGGAGGGAGUGGUGUCUCUCUUUUGAAACACUUCUUAACUGCUGCUAUAAAGAAAUUCUCUAAAUUGGUUGAAAUUUUUUAAAUGAAAUAAUAAUUUAGGCCAAAAUUGCUAUGAAUAUUCGAUCUUUUGAGGUUUCGUAGUAGAUGUUUAACCACCAGAAAGCUACAGUGUGUGAAACACUAGCUGACGGCACUUUAUUUUAUUGCUCUCCAUUAUUUGGUAUUCAUUAUAUCCCUUCAGUCGAAAAAUUAUUACUCUGUCUGGCACUGUUUCUAUCACAGAUAUGUAUAUGUGAUAUUGAUAUAUAACUAUAUAUAUUGCCAUUACACACGAACAAUAAAAUAAAGUGUUAUAUUAACUUUAUCUCUUUGCCUUUUUGCAUUAUGUAGGAAUGAGUGAGUGGCUUUCUGAUGCUCUGUAUGUCAAACUCAUCCCUGGGUCAAGAAAUUCCAGUCGUGAAGCAAACUGCUCUUUGUCCUCAAAGAAAUUUUUUUUUUUUAAAAAAAAACUUUUUAAAAAAGUUUUUUUCAUAUUAUCUGCCUUGUUCUUAUCAACUUGAAAUGUUGGCGUUUUCUAACCUUGUUUUGUUGGCUACAGUAAUUCAGUAUUCCUGUCAAAAAUUGAAAAGUGCCCUAAUUGAAUGUGUUUGAAUGUUAUCCUUGCACAAUUCUUUAAAUUGAAAAACAAAAUGUUUUACCUCACUGUUGGACAUACAUUCCAAGCUUUUCAACUUUAGGAGAAACAAUAACCAUGUUUUCCUGUAUUGUAAAUUUUAGACUAUUUCAUAUACAUUGUAUUAAAACUGCCAUAUCAAUUUUAAUGUAUAGAUUUUGCAAAUACUAUGCUCUAUGUAAUACCUAACUGUAUCUGUAGUGUAUAUGUAAUAUAUUUAUGCCCAAUAAAUGUUUUAAUUCUUUCUGACUUAA